CGCUCGCUCCCUCGAGGUCACAUGGCCGACACUUGGGGGACGUUGCGGCCUUCUGACAGCGCUCACCGCCGCUGCACGCAACUCGACGGACUCUGGGCCUUCAUCGCCGACCACAAAGACGACGGACAUGCAAGCGGCUUCUGCAGUGGCCUGCCCGAGAGCGGCCGCACGCCCAUCGCCGUCCCUGCCUCGUGGAACGAGCAGCUCCCUGAGCUCGACUCGUUUCUCGGGCCCGCGUGGUACGAGCGCACCGUCUGGGCGCCGCUUGGGCUGACGCCUCGGCAGCGCGUCUGCCUCCGCUUCGGAAGCGUCAACUACUCGUGCGAGGUGUACUUCAACGGAGAGCGAGCCGGAGCACACGAGGGCGGGCAUCUCCCAUUCGAGGUGGACGUGACGUGCCUCCUCCGCUCCUCCGGCGAGCCAAACUUGCUCGUGCUGCGGGUCGACGGACGCCUCGAACCGACCCACGUCCCUCCGGGCGGCGGGUGGGGCGCGAUGGCGCCGGGCUGCUUCCCGCGCGCCUCGUUCGACUUUUACCCGUUCUGCGGCGUGCAGCGGUCUGUCCAGCUCUGCGUGCGCCCGGCGAGCGGCCUGGAGGGGCUGAAGAUCGAGACCCGGCUAGAGGGCCUCACCGCUGGCGCCGCCUCGGCCGCCAGCGUGUUAAUGCGCUGCCGCUGCGGGACCGGCGUGAGCCGUGCGCUGGACGCCGACGGUGCCCCGAUUGACUCGUACGAGCAGCGGCUUGGACUGCGGACUGUCGAGGCGUCGGACGACGGCCUCCUCCUCAACGGCGAACCCGUGUCCAGCCGCAGUACCCUACCCCACCCGGCACGAAGAUUUCCCGCUGGUGGGGCGCGCCGAGGCGCCAACUCGUACCGCACCGCGCACUACCCGUACUCGGAGGUGGACCUCGACCUCGCCGACGAGCACGGCUUGCUGGUCGUCUCCGAGUCUCCGUGCGUCGGAUUGUCGUUCGCCGACGCGCCCGCCAUCGUGCAGCAGCGGCAGGCGCAGGCGACGCGCGCGCUCGCCGAGCUGUUGGCGCGAGACUGCUGCCGCACGUGCGUAGUCGCGUGGUCGGUGUGCAACGAGCCGGGAGGGCCGCAGUCGGUGCCGACGGCGGAGGCCAAGAGGCAGCAGACGGAGGCGCUGCUCGAGUUGGUGGCGCUCGCAAGGGCGGAGGGCACGCGGCUGGUGACGUUUGCCAACAUCCCCGAGCAUUGCGACGAGGCCAACCGCGCGUGUGACUUUCUCUCGCUCAACGAGUACGUCGGCUGGUACUACGACGUGGGCAAGCCGCUCGCCGAGAUUGGGAGACAGCUCGAGGCCAAGUUCGUGGCGUUGCACGCCGACUUUCGCAAGCCGAUCAUGGUCUCCGAAUGCGGUGCGGACACGCUCCCGGGAUGCCACAUGAUGGCGCCGGGGCUCUGGAGCGAGGAGUUCCAGGCGGGCCUCUUGGAGGUGUACACGGAGCUGGAGCGCAAGCUGCCCUUCGUCUUUGGCGUGCACGUCUGGAAUCUCGCCGACUUUCGGACGCCGCAGAUGCACCUCCGUGCCGCGGGCCUCAACCACAAGGGCGUCUUCACGCGGCUCAGAGAGCCGAAGCUCGCGGCGCACAUGCUGCGUCGGGCGUGGAGGCCAUAAGAAGGUCGGUGGCACAGCAGGAGAAUUCAGAAAAUUGGAACUAUAAACCAGCUGAAACUGCACUCUCUGUCGUCUUUAGUUAAAACUGGUCAGAUCUC